AAAAAUAUGGCCGAAAAAAUAAAAGGAAAGGCCCAAAAGAGGGGUGUAUGGGAAUCUACCCGAACGGCAGCUUGCUCGGGUUGACUCCCCAUAUGAUGCCGGGUUUUUGUCAGGAUGGUCAGACGGCUCCGAUCGAACACGUGUCUCGCCCACAUUCUAGUGCUCUCUCGCCCAUUCCACCCUUUCCCUUUGCAGCCACUAUUCCAGGGUCACCCUGCACCCCCAUCCAUACCUACCAGCUUAUUCCUCCAAUUACUAUUCCCUGAGCUCACUACACCGAUGGCUGUAGCUGAGACCGACAAUUCUCCAACACUUGCUGAGCAAUAUCUUGUGAACGAUAAAGAGGAGAAAAAAGAUGGAGGCAAUAAACCUGUGGAAGUUAAACAAGUUGAAAAUCCUAGGGAGGCUUCUUCUGAGGAAUCUGUGGCUGAGAACAAUGUGAAAAUAUCCCCUGCACCUGCUAAAGAAAGUAGUGAAGUCGUUCCAGGGGCUGAAGAAAGCGCUGAGCCCAAUUCUGCCGUUUCUGAAGAGAGCAAUGAUGUAACUGCAGAGCAAACUAGUGGAAACACCGGAGAGGAAAACUCUGGUGAUCAAGAUGCAGCGGAAGAGACUCCAGAAAUUAAGCUUGAGACUGCCCCAGCUGAUUUCCGUUUUCCUACUACAAAUCAAACAAGGCAUUGCUUUACCCGAUAUGUUGAAUAUCACCGAUGCAUAGCUGCAAAAGGAGAGGGUGCCCCGGAAUGUGAUAAGUUUGCAAAAUAUUACCGUUCUCUUUGCCCUGGCGAAUGGGUUGACAGAUGGAAUGAACAAAGGGAAAGCGGAACAUUUCCAGGUCCUCUGUAGCCGGUGUUUGUCUGAAAUGGCUGGCACAAUUUGCUUCUCCUUGUUGCAUUUAAAUUUCUGUUCUGUGUAGAGGGAAACUCUCAUGACUUCGCAGGAGGUUCAAUUCGACGCACUGGGUUAAUAAGAAAUUUUGGCUCCCUAUUUGAAGUGGCUUGAGUUGGAUGCGGAUGCUUCAAGUAAUUAUAGAGUUGUUUCCUGUCAUGCGUAGAAACCAAGCGUAUCUUUUUAUAUGUUGUUAUUUUUUUCAAUCUUCCUGCCCCGAUGGAAGCCUGUCUUCUAUGCAUUUCCUACUUUCAAACUGCUUACCGUUGGGGCUGAUAGGGAUUCUGAGAAAUUGACGUCUGGCGAUAGCGAUACCUUAGUGGUCUGUGCUUAAAAUGGGUAUCCUUUAUUAGUUCUCACACUAAUAAGUUAAUUUUGCUUUUAUCUUUAUUUUAGUGUUAAUUUUUGUU